GGGCAAGCCGUGAAGUCACCAACGGGCGCUUACAAAGUUAAGUUGUUCGUGAAUGGAGUAUGGAGGCUGGUAGAGGUCUCCGACUGGUUCCCCCUCUCUUCUAGCGGUAUGUUGUUGACAUCUUAUUGUAAGAAUGGUGACUGGUGGGCACCAAUCCUCGAGAAGGCCUUCAUGAAGGUUCAUGGAGGAUAUGGGUUCCCUGGAUCCAUCGGUUCCUGUGACCUCUACGUCUUAACAGGCUGGCUGCCUGAGGAAAUCUUCUUUGCAGACCUAAGGUCUACAACACCACCGAGUGUUGCGUCUGAACCGGAGGUGUUGGCGCGUAAGUCU